UUCAAACAGAAAUAAUUGUUGUCUAGUGUAAAAAAUAAUUUUAUACAGAAUACAAGUUACAAUAUGUUUUUUUCUAAAACUUUCUUCAAACCUACAGUACAUAUGAAUUGUACGUAAAUCAUUUAUUCGAGUUAAGACAUAUUUCCUACGUAAAACUAUUCUACUGUGGUUUGAAACCAAUGACUUAGUGUUCGGAAUACAUACGGAAUUGAAUGGGCUGAACAAUUGAUAAAUAUCGGUACAUAAUAAUAUUAUUGUAAGGAAGAAUAUUGCUAAGACAAAAUCUACACUCUAAAGCCAAAAGGAUAAUUUUUCGUUACCAAAAGUCUUACACGAAACCGACGUCAUGUACGAAGCUCACAUUCUGUUCGACGGUUAUUGUCGGCCCACCAAAGGAGGCGUGUUCGCCAAUUGUACUUGUACGCUGCUGAGAGGGCCGAACAAUAUAAUUGUCGACACGUUAACGCCUUGGGACAAAAAGGACUUGGUGAAAGCCAUUGAGCAGCGCGGCGUCACCUGCGAAGACAUCAACUACGUAGUAAGUACGCACGGCCACUCGGACCAUGUGGGUAACAAUAAUUUGUUUUUAAAAGCACAACACAUCGUCGGUCGGUGUGUCAGCUACGAACAGCUGUACUAUGACGACAGCGCGUUUUUCAACGCCGACGGAGUGUACGAAAUCGACGAAAACGUCAGGAUCGUCUCGACCCCCGGCCACACGGAAUCGGACGUCUCCGUCAUAGUACGCACCGUCGACGGUCUGAUCGGCGUGGUUGGCGAUCUGUUCGAGCGGGAAGAGGACAUUGAGGACGAGUCCAUAUGGCUAAAUGCGGGCAGUGAGAAUUCGGAUUUACAACGAAAAAACCGAAACACUAUACUGUCGCAAGUCGAUUGGAUCGUGCCCGGACACGGUCCUAUGUUUUCGACUAAAAAUUAUAAAUUGUAAAUUUUUUUCUCUCGUUUUGUUAUUACUCAUAUUGUGUUAAUGAAACGUCACGUUAUGAAAUGUCAACGUGACUUCAAAGACACUUUUUGUUAUCACGUUGUUGUGAAAAAAUAAAAAUAGUAAUAAAAGUA